AUGAGCUCCGCUGCGGCCUCGAGCGCUUCGACCGAGAGCGAUGUGGAGCUAAUGCGUACAAUUUUGGGCGAACAUGUACCACAGAGCGUCAUCUUAACGUGUCUGAAUGCUUGUGCAUUCGACGUCAGUGCUGCUUUGAAUUGGUACUUUGCUGAGGUUGCGUCGUCUCCUACUAGUGCUUCUUCUUCCUCGGCUCCAGGGCAGCCAUUGAUACAGGGCGAGGCAACGCUCUCCUCUACUGUUCCCAGUAUCCAGUCAGGUUUCAGUCUCACACUACAUCCACGCGCAUGGCAGGGAAUGGUGAGCAAGUCGGAGGCCUAUUACGCCACACUCACACGGGGAGAUCCAGCUUACGAUCAGCUUACACCCAGUAAUGACAAAUUCUUAACUAUUCGUUUACGUAAACGUGGCUGGCGUACUGGAACUUAUUUGGGGGUCCCAUCGCCAGCCACUCAGAGACCCUUUUUCGCUAACGGAGAUGUUGUGACGCUUGAAUGCAAUGGAUUGUGGUUAAAAGCCAGCUCUCUUAAUAAAAUAUUGCAAUGGAAAGCGCCAUCUGAAGACGACCGCAAUAAAUUUGUAAUUCGCGGUCUGCCAUUGGGAAAGAAUUUAGCCCCCGGGGACUAUUUCUUUCUUACGAGCUACAAGUGGAAGGAUAAGGAAAUAGUGCGCAAAGACGAGCGUCCUGUUGGUAUUAGCAGCUACAAUACGAAUGUACAUCGUUGUUUUUUGGGACUUGAUCGUAUCAAAACGGCAAAUCAGCGCUUGUAUCUAUAUGCAAAGCUGACGCAGAACGCCUUAAAGAGCUUGCCAAGAUUCGACUACCCAGUUGGCUCUAAAAAUGUUACGAUUAACAUAAUGGGGGCGCCUGAGCCGUCUGGAAGUACCAUUUUACCAGAACCUCCCCUUUCGCGUCGAAAAGACUCAAUUUCUGAUGAGAUUCAGAUGAUGCAGGUCAAAAUUGAGCAAAUGGAAAUCAUUAUUGGCAAAGAUGUGUCGCGCGAUCGUCUCAUCUAUUUCCUAGAUGGUGCGGGCGGAGACGUGCAGGUUGCACUAGAGCAUUAUUUCAUGAGCGUGUCGGAAGAAACAGGACCUGAAAUUACAUCAGCCGUCACAUCCCCUGUUUCGCCCUCAUCAGCACAGGAUCGGAUGAUGAAAUCAGCAGCGGGUUUUGAGGAUGCUCAGGCUCGUGUACAUGCGGAAGCCAAAGCAAACCACAACUCGCGACCGCUUAGCCAGCUCAUCUUAGGUAUCCCAUCCAUAUCGGAUUCAUUUUCCUCACCAAGCGUGAAGCCAAUGACAAUUCCACCUUGUGAUGCCGUGUCAACACCUAAUCGUGACAUUCCGCUCACAGUUUUGGUUGACGCUACAAGUACUUUUGUUGGUGAACCUUUACCUGACAUGUCCCCUUCUGUGCCCUCUCCGAGUUCUUCUCCUGCAACUUCUUUCUUUGAUAAUGACACUACUGUUGCCUCAAUGUCUGCUCUUGGUGGGCGUCAAAUUACCGAAGAUAAAGAGUGCGUGGUGGCAAUGGACUCUACAAAUUAUCAAGAGAAACAGCAAAUGGAUAAUUUGGAGCAACAAGUAAACCAAGCAAAGCAUCAAGUAAGUACUUCAAGGACCGAUACAGAAGGGGGUAGUAGACGGGCUGAGGCGCUCACUAUUCAAGAUUUUGAGAUGCUCAGUGUGCUUGGCAAAGGCAGUUUUGGUGCUGUAAUGUUAGUGCGGUUCAAGAAGGAUGGGCGAGUGUUUGCUCUUAAAAUUAUAAAAAAGAACAAUAUGGAUCAGGCAGACGUACAAAAUGCUAUUGAAGAGCGACAAAUUCUGCAACGAAUUGAUCAUCCAUACAUUUGUGGGCUAAUUUUUGCUUUUCAAACAAAGGAACGAUUGUAUCUCGGCAUGAAGUACUACGCAGCUGGAGAUUUGUUUUAUCACUUGAAUGUGAAAGGCCGACUAAGUGUACAGGACGCCAAACUGUAUGGGGCAGAACUUGUGUUGGCCAUUUCAUAUUUGCAUGAACUAAACAUACUUUAUCGCGAUCUCAAGCCUUCAAAUGUUAUGAUUGAUUCCGAAGGUCACAUUGGCGUUGUCGACUUCGGCCUUUCCAAGCAGUAUAUAUAUGAAAGCAACUUCGGUGUGAAGACCUUGUCGGGUACAGCAGAGUAUGUGGCCCCAGAAGCUCUUGCACAAUCUGCUGAUGGAACACGAAACUACGGCAAAGCAUACGACUGGUGGAGCCUUGGUGUUGUAAUUUAUGAAAUGCUUGUGGGCGAAUCACCUUUUUACGACGAGAAUGAGCAUACGAUGUUGAGUCGAAUAGCGUACUCAGACGUCGUCUUUCCAACAGACUUUCCUGAAGACGCAUACGACUUGGUCAAAGGUUUGCUGUGUAAAGACCCCAGUAAGCGGCUUGGAUCGGAUUCCCUAGGCGGAGUAGAUGCUAUCAAGCAGUGCCAAUUCUUCGAGCUUAUUGAUUGGAAUAAAUUAUUGAAACGAGAAGUAAAGGCUCAUUGGACGCCAAAACUUAGUGGAGAGAUUGAUACAAGAUACGUGGAUCCAGAAUUUAUUGACGAAGGUCCACCUUCAGCUGCCUACGACCCAAGUGCUGAUGCAGGCACGACGCCUAGCAAACGCUUCAGUCAAUUUUCGUUUAAUUACAAUCUCGCAUGA